AAUGUUGUCAAACCCAAGCUGAAUCGGCGUGAAAUGCCCCAUAUAUGUGUCGACGGAUUCGAGAGCGCGGGAGGUGGUAUUUGAAAGCGCUGCCAACUUCUCGUUGCAGUUUGGCCAGACGACGAAGAAAAAAUUAUAUGUUGGGUGACACGAAGGUACGGUAUGGUGAUGGUGUGUUAUCAAACACAGAUGUCGAAACAUUCAAUGUAGAUUGAGUAAUUUUCAGGGCAACAAAACGUAUCGCGUAAUGGUCAAACGGUUGAAAAAAUUAAUCUAGUAUCAAAAUCUUUUUUUAUUAUCGCGGAGCAUCGCUUCUUAUCAUGACACUUCAGUUUUAUCAAUUAUCGGAGUGAAAAUAAACGUGAUGGCAACUUCAUCGCAGGAGGUUAGGGAACCGUUAUCAAACAUCACAAGAGAUAACGGUGAUGGAGAAUCUGUCAAAACUGUCUCUUAUGAGGAAAUCGCUGCUAAGCUCCUCGGUGAGAAAUUUUUGCUCACUGCUCUGGAGCUUCACGCCGAACUUACGGAAGCUGGAAAAGAACUUCCUGUUCUUCGAGAUUUUUUUGGCAAUCCCGGCAACUUUGAGUCUCAGAACAUAAAACCUGAGCCUUACACAUCCAUGCCUAGAUCUUCUAGUCAAGCGACUCUGGAUUCUCUUGACAUGACACGUUAUUCCGAAGAUGGCGGAGGUAUGGAUGAAAGGGUGGCUGUACUUGAAUUCGAAUUGCGUAAGGCCAGGGAAAACAUAUCUGCAUUGAGGGCGAAUCUUACUGUUGUAACUGAAUCUGAAAGUUCUAUUCCGGACAAGAAUUUAGACCGAGCUUCAUUGGGUGAACUACCAAUCAAACCUCACGAACAAAGAGCUCUAAAUUUUCUUGUUUAUGAGUAUCUCCUCUCCCGCUCGUACAAAUUAACGUCAAUUACAUUCAGCGACGAGAAUGAGGAUCAAGAUUUUGAGGACUGGGAAGACGUAGGAUUAAAUAUACCCAAACCACCAGACUUGAUCCAGGUUUAUCGAGAAUUUUCACGGAGUAAUGGCUACGACAAACCUCCGUCGGCAAAUAUAGCGGUUCAAACAGAUUUCGAGGAUUCAUCGAGUGAGGAGAGCAAGAAUGAGAUUAAUCGUUUGAACGAAGAAAUCGACAAAUUAAAAGCACAGACCACGUGUAUGGAAAAGGAGAAAUCCGAGCUCCAACAACUUCUCACUGCAGCUACAAGCUCUCAGUCACUUCCAGCAGGCGAAAUAAAUUUGGAAGAUGCAAUGCAAACCCCAAACUCAAAUUCCACGACUCCCGAUAAAUUUGAGCUUUUGGAUACAUUGUCGCGAGAAAAUUUCCAAGUAACUCAAGAGAUUGAAGAGGACGAUAGCGCGUCUGCGGUCAUUAGUCUCGUCGAUACGGAUCCUGGAGACAAAGAUUGGACGCGAAUACAAUUGCCUCGGAUCGACGUCGAAGAGACUACAACAACUUUACCAAAUUCACCAUUGCGACAUUUGCCAGCUGGAUUUAAACGCGAAGUUUUAUUGAGAUCAAACAUAUCCUGUGCGACAACUGUAACGAUCGAGGAUUCCUUAAAGAGCGGUGUGACGAGAGAGACUCUACCGGUAAUACUUGCACGGUCACUACCAAGAAUCGUGCCAAAUGUAAUUCUUAACAAACGUGAAGAACUCGUGCCCCUCAUUCUUAGCACCAUACGACUACAGCCCGAACCCAGCGAGCGUGAAAAAUUAUUACAGUUGCUAUUCAAUCUUAAGAAAAGGCCCAAUGACGUUGAACGAUCAAUGAUUCUUGCAGGCUUAAUUGCGAUGGCCAAACUCGAAGAAAAUUCGAUGGAUUCGGAAGAAAUUCUUGGCGUAUGUUGGGAACAGAGUCAACAUAAGCAUCCGGAAAGGAGACUGCUUGCUGCGGAGUGUUGUUUAGCGCUUGCACCUUAUACUUCGAGUGGCGUGAGGAAUUCGCUCAUGUUACCAAUGCUCCAACAAAUGUUGCUCGAUGACAGAGAAUACGGUGUGAGAGCGACGGUGGUACGAAGUCUCGGAUUAAUCGUAGCUCUUAUGGACGAUCCGGACAAAUAUUUUCAAUGUGAGGAACUUACGCUCACAGCACUGGACGAUGGAUCUUCGGAAGUAAUCGAAGCUGCUUCCUCGAUGCUUAUACCAAUCCUAGCUCAGUGGGCGUUGUCGCUCAAGCGAUUGCAGUCUCAUCUUUUGCCGAGAAUAACAUCAAAAUUGAAGAAUCUUUUGAAACCAUCGAGCCAUCACUCUCCGAGUAAAGAUCACAAAGAAAAUGAAAGAAUAAUCGCUCUCAUCGAAGUUCUUCAGUUGCUAUUACCUCAUUGCGUUGUUACUGUAGCCACGAGCUCGACGGUUCAAUCUUCUGUACUCGAAGGCUCGUUUUCGGAAUUCCCCGAAGAUUUCAUGAGUAUCUGUAGACCAGGAAUCGGGAAUCCAGAAAUUUUCUGCGACGAUCCAGUCGCUACUGCGGUACUUUUGAACACGUUUUUUGAAAAUUCCUGGGAGAACGAGUCAUGGCCUGAACUCGAAUGGCUAUCGGAUAAACUGAUUCCCGAUUUAUUGGACAUCUUUAGAUCCAUCGACGUCAAUCAAGAGCCAAUUCUAAAUGCUCUCCUGUCUUACGUUGAGUCGCUGUGUGUGGCAUUCGGCCAGUACAUUUCUCGUUCGAAGAUCCAGAAAAAUUUCGAGACGGAGAUAAAUGCUCUGGAGAAACAAUUGAUUAAUCUGACUUCGGAGCAACCGAGUAACGGCCUCGCUCUCAUUCCAGCUUAUCUGACCAUUUUGUCGACUCUCAAUCUCACGGAACUCUCAAAAAUUCUCAAACAAUUCGUCAUUGUUCUGUCAAUGAGCAGCGGCAAUGUAACUUGCUUGCGAAUAGCAGUUUCCAGACUUAGCAAGGAAAACCAAGUGGCAGAGCACAUUCUCGGAGCUCUUUGGGAUGGUGUAGUUCAUCAAAGAUCAAGCGUAAGAUGCACAACGGCCGAACUGUUCAGUAGUGCAAUUUCUGUUGUGAAUGACAAGUUAGCAACAUCGAGAAUCGCUCCAGCCAUUGUCACGCUCGCCAGUGAUCCGGAUAUAAUUGUACGAGCGGCUGCCAUCCCAGCACUUGGACGCUUAGUAACGGAGUGCGGAGCUCGAGAAGCACGAGACAAAGGACGAUUAACUUUGGAAACAAUAGCUCGAGAGCCCCAGGGAGUUCCGUCGGUUCUUGCAGUUCCGCUUGUUUCAACAUUGGCAGCGAUAGCACCUAAUUGUCCACAGCAUUUUAUCGAAGACGUUAUAGUUACACAACUAACGGGAAUAACGGCGUCAGCGUUGCAGCAAACACGAAGAAUCGACUUAGCAAAUGCUCUCGUCGAAGCCUACUCGAUAUUAGUUUACUGCCCUUUGAGUAAUCAGUGCGUGAGCGGAGUUCUUGUACCAGGCCUUAAACAUCUUGAUAAUCUUGUCAAUCAAAUAUUGCCCCAACAAAAGGAAACAGUACGUUCGUUGUUGAGAGAAACGGAAUCGCGUCAGGACGCACCGAGACCAAUCGAAAGAUCGUCUUCAAGCAAUUCUGGCUUGUCAUUGUCGAUUGCUACAUCGAAUGUUGGCCAAGGAGUCGAAGAUAUGAGACAGAGGAUGUCCAAAAUGUUUAUCCAAAAGACGAGCACUCCUAGCAUACCGAGCAUGUCAAGUAUUUUUCGUAAAAAGUAAACAUUUCAAUUGCGCUGAGCAAGUAAAAAAUAAUGGAGAUAAAUGAGUUACCACGCACAACGGACGAGUCAGUUUUCUCGUUUUGAGUUUGCUUUAAAAUAUUAUUUUUCUCAUUGGUACGAGAAAGCCAGGAUUUUUCUCGUUUUUGUAUUAGCUAUUGAGUCAAGUGUUUUUCCCGUCCUUAUGUUCGUUUUUUAGCAUUAUGAUUAUGACAGAGUUUUUAUAUAUAGCGCGUAUUCAUAUUAGCUGUUGGCACGAGAUUGAAGUGCGAUUCUUAUCGACUAGUAUUCGUUCCAAUGAAUGUUUUCAACUACUCGAUUGUCCAGUUAAGAAAUCCAAUCACAUGUUUGAUUGAUAUGAGACAGUAGAUGAAGCUAGAACUUUUUCCCAAACAAAUUAAAACUCCGCAGUUCUGUAAAGAUUUAGUGAAAAAUUUUCCAUGUAUGCUGAGUUCUCACUUAUGGUAAAUAGUAUCUUUCAGACUUAACAACGAACCAUUUGUCUAGUGGAGGAUUUUUUUUUUUAAUAUUACGUAAAAUAUUUUCCUACAAAUUAUAUUUUCAUCUCAAUACGAAGGCUUUUUCAGUGGAGUUGAUUAGGAUUGCAGGAAUUUCAUGGCAUUCAUCUUUGUUUCAUAAUUGUUCAACUUGAAGAUUUUGCAAGCUGAUCAAUUAUUUUAUCUUUUUUUUACAUGUAAAAAAUUUAGCUACUUAACCACUGAUAUUAAUAAACAGUGAACAGCUACGGAACAAAAAGGAAUUUCCUACAGAUUACGAAAUUUAUAAUCAAAUCCAACAAUUGUAAAAAGCUCAUUUUGAUACUUGAAAUGACUGAGAAUUCCCAAGUUUUUUCACCUAACGAUAGCACUUCUACAUCAGUUUUUUUCGUCCGAUUAUAUGUUAUUUUAUUUGCAAAGUCCUGUUUAUUGUUGUUAUUGGUAAUGAAAACUUCCGAUGGGUAUCAGGCACCCAAAAUAAUCAUAAAAGUAAUACCUGUAAUAAAAAGACGCAAAUGAAUCAGUUUAGAUGGUUAGAAUAGUACUUUCCACAUCGAGCUUUCUGGUAGCCAGAAUAUCAUUACAUUUUGUCUGUUCAUUCCUAUGGCUUCGGAAAUUGAAUAACGUCAUGGUAUUCAUAAGCAGGAAUCAUUGCAUGGAAAAAGAUUAUUUCGAUAUACAGCUUCGGUUGGAUCCUUUUCGAGUAAUUAUUUUUCUCCCAGCUCGGAAUUUCAUCGUGCGUAAUUAUAUUACACCUUCGUUUGAUUGUGAUAAAAUAAGAAAAAUGAUAUUGUUUAAUACGAAAUUAACCUGUAAGGUAUUCGAUGAAAAUGGUCCUGUGAAAAGUGUCUUGGCGUUUGAACGCUACGAAAAUUCGGUUGUGAAAGCGUAUUAUAUUAUAGCAGAGUGGCAAGGAACGGAUCUCAAUCAAUCAGUAAUAUUUCAAUCUUAAAUGUGAUUUAAAACUUCAAAUUUCCAAAAUUGUGAGUGAGCGGUAUUCAACGACCGUUGAAACAAGGCGACGGUGUAUGUACUUAUUGUGUGUGCAAGAGAAAAAUGUAAAGUCUCGUGCGGCUGUCCGAUGAUAGUAUAGAAAUUAAGUGUCGAUCAAUUCAACGGAAAAGAAUUUUCAAAGGCACUUGUCAUUCCGGCAAAAAUAUAUUUUUUCAAUAAGAAUUUAUAUAAUGAUUGAGAUAUAAUUGUAAACAAGCUACAGUGAAAUUUUGUCUUCAGUAAAAAUUGCACAAAAUUUGUUACGUUAUUUUUAAAACGAUUUGAUAAAAAAUUCUCAGGAUUUUUUGCAACACUUUUGAACUGUGCAAAAUUGUUCGUGAUACGAGACACAAUUCGAAGUUUAAAAAAACAAAUCUACAAAUCGAUCUUUUUAUUCAACUUUUUAAGAAGACCAAUUAAUUAUGAUUUAACACUAUCAAAAAUUUAUCUACUACAAUGCUGCAUAAAUGACUUUCAAUCUUUGGAAUAGCGUUUCAGUUUCAAUCAAUAGAAUACAUUUUAGGAACAUUUUAUCACAAAUUUGAUUUUUUAUCACUCUUAUGAUAAUUCUACAAUACUGUUAUUAUACACUGAAUGCAAUCUCUCGAAUACAACUGAUAAAAACGAUUGUGGAAUAAUUUAGAGAGAUUAUAAAUAUUUUUAUUGUGUGUAAGCCUUUAUGUGCAACGAUACAAAAAAUGAAUUUUGGAGUAGUGAAUGUUGAAGAAAAAUGGAGAAAGACAAAAUUCACUAUAGCUCUUCCUCGAGAACUCUAAUGAAUGCAUCUUGUAAGAAUAUUUUAUUUCACUUAUUAUUUACAGUUACAUAAAUAUAUAUAUCCUGUAUACAGGUGUAUACAGCUGUGUGUAAAUGGAAUACACACAGAAAUAUACCGUGUGAAUGAUUAAUAUUGUAUCGGUAUUUAAAAUGAUCCAGAAUUGAGCAUAAACAUGUUUAUAUUGAUCAAGUGUUCGAAGCCGUUAUUUUCGUCGCUACGAAAUUUAGGACAGCGAAUGUAAGUUUUUCUCGUCUGGAGCAUUUUCGAUACACGAGGUACAUAAAAACGUCUCCCUGACAUGCAGUAAUUAAGAUUUUCUUCUUUUUCGUUUACUUUUAUCUCGACGUACGAUCAUGAACAAUGUUUCUUACAAUUUU